AGAGGUGAGUUGCCUCCGAGGAUUUCUGGUCAACCCUUGAGACCGCAGCAAACCAGCCCAUCUCUUCGAAAGAGUUCAAGAGGCAAGCUGAGUUCUUUAGCCCCACACCCUGGCCUGCACAGAAGGAUUGGGGUCCAGGAGCGAAUUUAGGAGAAACACGAACGUUUGAGGAAGAGCCCAAAGACCUUAAGCCAAGGAAAAACGACAUAGAGACUUGGGGCCCCUUUGGAUUUCGCAUCAAGCGAAACCUUCGCUUUUAGAGCCGCGAGUGGGGUGUCCUCUCGGAGCGGCACGGCAGCCCCUGCUACUCACCCCUGAGCAGCAUCGAGAAGGGUGUUUUACCAUGGCUGAGGCCACGGAGCCCAAAGAGAUCGCUCCGGGUUCCCAGGGGCAACUCCAAGGUGUGGCGAUCGAGGGACCAGGAGAGCCAGGAACUGCGGACCUGGAGGGGCGGGAAGCUAGCGAAGGAGCUGCAGAGGCACCCAGGGACCUGGGGGCGGGCGCAGAGGCCACGGCCUCGGGGAAGGAGGAAGGAGGCUGUGGGCAGGACGGGGAAAUCGGGGGAGCGCAGGCGCACGACCGGCGCACCGGCCCCGGGACCGAGACUCCGAGCGCCAGCGGAGCUCCGGGUGAAGAGGAGCGCGACCCCGAGGGCGCCAGAAUCCCGCAGGGGGCGGAGGAGGCGCCAAGCGCCCAGCAGGUGCCGGGGACGAGCUCGGGGCUAGACGCUCUGGGUGAGGCCCCCGAGGUCCCUGGGGGAACUAGGGGGGAGCCAGAGGAUCCCACGGCCUCAGAGGCAGGGGAAGAGGCAGAAUCCGGUCAGGAAGCGCAGGGAGGCAGCGCGCCAGGGUUGCAGAUCAACCCAGAAGUCCAGGGACCUGUAGGGGACAACAUGGACACAGAGGCACCCACAGUAGGGCCACUCGGGUCAGAGGGUGAACCCCAGGGCGGAGAGGAAAGCAGCCCUCAGCUCCAGGAUGAAGCGAUUGAGAUUGCAGCCGCAGAGAUCGGAGGGCAAGAGUCGGGGGAGCUGGCGGGCGCUUCGGCCGCAGACGCUGCGGGGGAAGGGGGAACCCUGGGGAAAGACGGGUCCGAGGGAGCAGCCCCCGAGGAUGCGAGAGUAGACGCUGAUGAAAUUGGGGACCAGGGCAGGCUCCAGGAGGAGACCGGGGAGGAGGAAGCAAGGCCAGAAUCCGAGUUGAAGAGACCCUUCGAGGAGGCGAUCCAAGAGAAGUACCCCGAAGAAGACUUUGAUGGAGAGGAGACCGAAUCCACCGGGCAGGAGGAGUCCCAGGCGGAGCUCAGCAACCAUCUAGCUGAGGAGCCCAGUGCUCAGGGUGGAGAAGAGAUGGGGCGAGUGAACAGCCGCAGAGAGAAUGGCCCAGCAUCGGAGGGGGAUACGGGACAGGAGCACGACAUCACCCUCUUCGUCAAGGCUGGUUAUGAUGGUGAGAGCAUCGGAAACUGCCCAUUUUCACAGCGUCUCUUUAUGAUCCUCUGGCUAAAGGGUGUUAUAUUCAAUGUGACAACAGUGGACCUGAAACGGAAGCCUGCAGACCUUCAGAACCUGGCUCCCGGGACGAACCCUCCUUUCAUGACUUUUGAUGGGGAAGUCAAGACAGAUGUGAAUAAGAUUGAGGAGUUCUUAGAGGAGAAGUUGGUUCCCCCAAGGUACCCUAAGCUGGGAACUCAACACCCUGAAUCCAACUCAGCAGGAAACGAUGUUUUUGCCAAAUUCUCAGCAUUUAUUAAAAACACCAAGAAGGAUGCAAAUGAGAUUUAUGAAAAGAACCUACUACGGGCCCUGAAGAAGCUGGACAGUUACUUAAACAGCCCGCUGCCAGACGAAAUAGAUGCCUACAGUACAGAGGAUGUCACUGUUUCACAAAGGAAGUUUCUCGAUGGGGAUGAGCUCACACUGGCCGACUGUAACCUCUUACCGAAGCUCCAUAUCAUUAAGAUUGUGGCCAAGAAAUACAGAGAUUUUGAGUUUCCUUCUGAAAUGACUGGCAUUUGGAGGUACUUGAACAAUGCUUAUGCCCGGGAUGAGUUCACUAACACGUGUCCAGCUGACCAGGAGAUUGAACACGCAUAUUCAGAUGCAGCGAAAAGGAUGAAGUGAUGAUGGCUUGCACCUUUUUCUCAGAUGAGUGAGCAGGGAUUCCAAGAGAGCCUUUUGUAUUCUUCCCCCAAAACAGCUUUUGCAAAAUAGCACUGACUCUCUAAAUGCCACCCCAGGAUGUGAGGCCUUGCGAUUUGUCUACUCAUUCCUUCGUCUAAUCAAUGCUAAUUUAUAUCUUUGAAAUUCAGUACUCUUAUAAUCCAUGUUUAUGGUGACAGUGUUGUUUUUUUUUUUUUUUGUAGCUUGUUUCAGAGCAAAUUGUCUUUGACUUAAGUUGUUAUCAUUUUAAAGAGGUUAGUCUUUCUUUGAUAGUCUUUGAUAAUCACAUGACUUGUUUUUCUCUUCUCAAAUAGCAGUUUAAAAAGGAAAUGCUGUUUUAUAUUUGUAGAACACUUUAGAACAGUAUUAGAGGGUAUGAAGAAGUAAUUGAAAAUCACCCAAAAUUUAUUCUAUAUAUUUUCUGAUAACAAUUUGGUGAAUAUUUUCAGAACCACCAGUCUUUCACAUAUGCUUGUGUGCAUACUUGUGUGUGCUCACACAUCACAUAUAAUUUCAUGCAUCCAUGGUAUAUCAUUUGUGUAAGAGACCAAUGAAGGAAUUUCUUGGUGCCUUAAAGGUCAUCACAGAAGACUUGAAGGAUCUGGCCCUGCUGAGCCACAGAUUGUAGAGCUCCUUGUAGGACCAUGGACAGCAGGACCGAGGGUAAUCUUGCUUCUGCCCCAUGGAUGCUGUUUCCCUCUGAGCCCAGGUGUGGAGGAGAGGGCUCCCUGUGCCUUUGGGUCUACUCCUGUUCUGGAACCCAGUCCAGGGGCUGUGCUUUCAUGGGGCCUCUUCCUGACAGCUCCAGCUGGGAGACUCUCCCUGCCUUACAUCACAGUGUGAGUCUCAGACUGCUGCUCAUGGCAAGUGCUUCAGUGAAGGUGGUGUAUCCGAGGCUAGCUCAUUCAUGUCUACUUUCUAUCUCAUUGCUGUUCUUUCUAUUUCAAUCUGAGGCCAAGCAAAAAAAACUCAAUUCCAGAUGAAAAUCCAGAAAGUCCCACUCUUAAGUCGUUCUGGAAAAUGGUUCUUUCCCAAGAAGUUGAGUUUCUGCUCUGCUUGUGACAUUCUUCUGUCAUCCUUGGGGCCACCAUGAGGCCACCAUGUCACAAUGAGGCCUGAGGGCAGGCUACUGGGCUCCAGCCUGAUCAUGAAUGAGGAAAUGUGAGCUUGCCUAGAUGCUCUGCAAGGCUUGAUCCUUCACUGCCGCACACCCUACAGGAAACGUGCACUUGGCUGGAGUGCUGGGCUCUGGAACCAUGUGCUCCAUAGGCAACUGCGUAAGGGUAACAGUACCAUCCCAAGGUUAGGAGAAAAUACCUCGGAAGGAAACAAGGCCAACUUGGUGGUCACUACAGUUUCUUGCUUCUUGGAAGUUGUGGUUUUCAGUCCAGCAGUCUGUUUGUCACCCAAAGACGGUUUUCAGGGCCAUGUCGAGCCUGUCCCACCCUGGUCCACAUCACUACACACCUCUGUAGGAGUCAUCUUUAUAAGCCUGAUUUUACAACUUGAUGUUCAAACCUGGUAAAUGGUGAUAAUCAGGAGUUAGUCCUGUUAAUUUUGUUCUUUUAGAUAUUAAAGUGAUCAUAAGCUGUGUGCCUUACAAAUUAAACAUUUUCAAUCAG